AUGUACAUAUCAUUCAUCAUCACCCUGGUUAUCGCUUUCCCAUUUUUUCGACAAAUCCCCUGUUACAUUGUCAAUAAUAAUGCAUAUGGACUUAAAAUUUUGGCGCUUGGUUCACACAAUGAUUUUAAACACAGAUUUAGGUCUGAACUACUGCAGGAUCUGUAUGGUAGGGAUAUUUUGGACAAGUUGACUGAUGAAAAUGGCAUUGACAAUUUGUUACUAAGUUAUGAUAGAAAGGAAUCUCCCUUAUCUGUAUAUAUAGGUAUUGAUAUAACUAGCUCAAAGGCUCACAUUGGUACAUUAUUUCAACUUGUUACAUUGAGAAAAUUUUUUACCAUUGGAUUGGAUGUUGUUAUUUUAAUGGGUGGUGGUACGACAAUUGUAGGUGAUCCCUCAUUCACAGUAUCUGCUCGAUCCAGUCUUCAUACAUUAUGUGACAAUUUAUCACAAAAAACAAAUACAAAAUUUAGUUAUAUAACUCAAUCGCAUGUACCCUCAUUUGAUCAUAUACUAAACGCUAGGAGAGAUGAUCUAAUUAGUACUAUUGGACACAUAAUGACAAGGCCGCUCAUGUGCAAUAAUAAAAUCAUAACUCCGCAACUUGAACUGUUUACACCAUAUAAUCCGGAUGAAUUUCCAAAAGUUUGGAUUGUAGACAAUGCUAGCAUUCAUAAAAACAUAUCUUUGAGUGAAUACCUGGAAUUAGUGGGUAACAAUUUCCAACUAAACCGUAUGCUGAGUAGAGACUGUAUAAUUAAGAGAUUGGGUAAGAGUGAAGAGGACGCUAACAAAACCGGGAUGAACUUUUCAGAACUAGCCUAUAUGACCCUCCAAGCACUAGAUUUUGUCCAUUUGUCCCAAACAUACAAUGUUAGGAUACAAAUUGGAGGCUCUGAUCAGUGGGGUAAUAUUGUUUCGGGCGUAGAUCUAGCAAAAUCACUUAAUGUCUCUGAUUUGUAUGGUAUAACUACAAAACUCCUGUUGGACACUUCUAAGAACAAACUUAGCAAGUCUAAUAGUUGUUUUGAAACACAAUCACUAAAUAAAAGUGAUAGUACAAUAUGGCUAUCGCCUACCACUUGUGCUCUCAAUGUCUGGCAAUUUUUCAGAAAUACGCAAGAUGAGAAUGUAUCCACAUUUAUUAAAUAUUUUACGGACAUCCCUAUAAAUGAAAUCAAUGAAUUAGUUGCCACAGAUAUUAAUUAUGCAAAGGGCAAACUGAGUGACGAAGUGACAUUACUCAUGUACGGCUAUGAUGCUGUUAAUCUGAUCAAUAAAUUCUGGGCAUUCAACAAGGAUAGAUCAAAUGUAAUGAUAAACAUUGAUCAAUUAACCAAACUUGAUGCGGAUUCUGCGAGUUUUAUCGAAUUCCUUAAGUAUGUCCCAUCGCAAAAAGUAUCCAAAUCAACAAUUGUUAUGGGCCUGAGCAUUGUUGCGGCGCUAAAGAUGCUUGGCAUUUGUGACUCAAAUUCUGCUGCCAGAAAUUUGAUAAAACAAGGCAUAUGUUAUAUAAACAAUGAAUUGUGCCAAUUGAAUAGUGUGAUCGACGAAAGUCACAUUAAAAAUGUCCCAUACAAUGUUGGUGGUAAAUCUUAUGUAUUUAUUCGGAUUGGUAAGAAGCAGCUAUAUGUAUUAGAAGUGGAAAGUAAUUGA